AUGAUGUGCAACAAGGACAAAAUAGAGAAAAUGGUGCCAUCUGCUGAGGAAGAGGAGAAGGAGAAGGAAAACACAGUGGAAGAGCGGAAAGAAGAAGCAGAAGAGGGAGGAGAAAAGGAGGCACGAGAAGAAGGAGAAGAUAAGGACGAAGGUGAGAAGGAUGGAGAAAAUGAUGAAGAGGAAGGUAGUGGUGAUAAAGAAGAGAGAGAAGAAGUAACGCCACAAACCACAGAUAAAAAGAAUCCAUCACCGGUAAAAUCUGAAGAGAAGAAGCCAUCUGAUGUCCUGAACCUCAACAACGAGGUGGUGAAGAUGAGGAAGGAGGUGAAGAGGGUGAGGGCUCUGAUCAUCAGGAAACUGACACGUCAGAUUGCUGCUCUGAAGAAGAAGAAGGGGAAGGAGGUGGAAAUUGAAAGGAAUCAAAGGAGAGCAGCAAGACUGCUGGAGGAGGUCCAUGCCAUUAAGAACCUCGUACCAGAUGUGGUAACCAAGACAGCCUUGCAGAAGACUCUCAACUUUGAACAGGUGUGCAAAAACCCCAAGUCUACUAUUUCUGAUCGGGCCGUUGCACGCGUCGCCACCCACCCUCAGUUCAACAAGAAGAUUGAGGACAUCAAAGCUGCUGUGAAAGCCUUCAAAGAGGAACGGAUGAAGGAUGGGAAGCAGGGAGGAAAGGAAAAAGUGCAAAAUCAAGCUGGAAAGGCGACUUUGCAGUCACCACACAAAGGGGGACAAACAAGGAAUGAGAACGUAGAAGAGGAAGACAAUGCAGUGGAGCCAGAGGAAACCAUAGACAAUGAGGAAGGAGUCAGUGUCCUUGAAGACAUUGAAGAUGUUGCAAAAGCUGAAAAGGAAAUGGAGAAAGAACAGGACUCAACUGGUACUGCUGAUGUUCAAAUACAAGAGGUGCCAGAGUGUAUGAGUGUGAGACCAGCAGCAGUAAAAAGCAGUAAUGUAAAGAACAUUGUGAAAAAUAAACCUCAAAGUAAGGUUGCUGAAAAGAAACCCAAUGUUAAGGCUGCCCCUGCAUUGCUCCAGAAAACAACAGAUGAUGAAGAGAGCGACCUGGAGUCGUCAGAUGAUGAAGAGAAGGAGUACUUUGAUGACAGCACAGAGGAACGCUUCCACAAGCAGUCGUCCCAGUCAGAGGAGAGCGACGAGGACGAGGACGACUUCUUUGUAGGGAAAGUGAGCAAAUUCAAGAAGAAGAAGAAGAAACAGACAUGCAUAGAAGGGGAAGAGAAGGCGAACAAGAGACCUACGGUGAAGAAUGACUCAACAGAUGAUGUGAAAUCUAAAGACAAGCUCCAGAGCGAGCUGGAUGAGCUUGAGUCGAGGCUGAAGUCCAAAGCACCCGGCCUCCAGUCUGCUUUCUGUUCUUCACUGGCUGGGGCUAAGGCUGGUAGGGGUGGAGGCACUGGCAGAGGGAGGGGUGGGGAUAAAUUUAGAGGCCAAGGCAAACCGAAAGGUGGCUUUGGUUUGAAUAGAGAUUUUAGUAAGCAAUCCAGGUUCCAAAAUCAGGACAGAGGUGCAGAAAGUAAUUCGGGGUCCAAGUAUAGCAAGCCGUGUCCUGAAGACAGACACCCUGAGUCUGAGGCGAAGGGCUUUGCUUCUGCUGGCAGAGGGCGGGGGCGAGGCAGAGGUGAUGCUUUCAGGCAAAAGAGUCACAGAGGUGGAGGAGUCUUUGCUCAUCAGCCACCACAGCAGGCCCUGCAUCCAUCCUGGGAGGCCAGUAAGAAAAGGAAGGAACAGCAAGGACAAAUCCUGGCCUUCCAGGGGAAGAAGAUCAAGUUUGAUGAUGAUGAUUGAAGUUGUUUUUGGUUUACCCAUCACAUACCUAUUGUUUGUGUCUCUUAUCGGCCACAUUUGGAUGAUUCAUGUCAUGUUGCACCGGAGGUCGACGCUUUUCGCUGAACCCUAGAGGUGAUCUCAGCGUAGUUCAUGCUGGGCUCGUACUACAGGAGUUUCACCUAGAUGAUCCCCAUUUCAGUCCUCCCAACAAUCAAAUCCUUAUAUUCUGGGAUCUAUGUAAACUGUUGUUUGGUGCAUUAACUGACAAUGUGAGGGAUUACAGAUCCAGUCUGAAACCUCCCAAAGACUCAUCGGAGCCUCCCUGAUAAUAUCCAACAUGCUUGACAUUUAGAUGUAAAAAUCUGUUAUCAUUACGUUAACGUAGUCAUUACAUGAACUUCAAACACUGUUACCAAGCAACACUCAACAUUCUAGCCCUCGAGGCUAACUUUAGCUACUGAUAUUAAAACUAAUUGUUGAAAUGUGCCCCGGUUCUCAUUGAAGAAUAGACAAACUGUGUUGACAGCGAUUUACAAACUCUGCUCUCUUCCAGACUUCUUUGGCUUUCUGCUUCUGUUUUUCUCGCUGCAAAGUAUUGUUAGCGUUACAGCUAGCUGUUGCUUUAUUUUGUUUCCAUGUGCUUUUCCAGGAGAUCACGUGAGAUGGCAUACUGCUCCCUUAUUGCUCCCUCUGUCACGAUUAUCUUGAAGUGUUUGAUGCACCAUUAUUUUCAAACCCUGUCGUGUGUGCACAUCUAAAAAUUUAAAAAAAUAAAAUAAAUCUGUGAAAUUUCUUAUUAUGUGUUGGAUGCAACCUGAAUUCAGAAUCUGGUAGGAUUUUAGAACUCCUGUAGUGUGAGCCUGGCCUCGGGUGUACUGCAACGUGUAAACUGCUUUUUCAUCCCCGGUACAAGACACCAAACCCUGAUUUUUUUAUUUUAUUUUUUUUUGCAUAAAGUUGCUAGACAUGUGUUGUUAAAAUGUCACUUCCAAAUAUGAAUCUAAGGAACAAGUCAUUUGUAAAGAUGUACUAUAGUGAUGUUGCAAAUUUGUCAGUGGUGAUUUGGGAAGCAUUGUUUUUGUAGUGUUAUACCCCAUGUAUCUCCAUGAUUCCAAUGAUGGUAAAUAUGGUUUUGUUGCUUUGUAUUCUCUGUGAAACAUACAUACACACAUCCAGUGCGGCUAAACUGUAACUUAAAAGUUUUCUUGUUUAUGGUCUCUCAUAUUUAGAUGUUUUAAUAAUAUUAAGUUUAUAUGUACAGAUGCAGAAUAUGUUGUUCUUUGCUGCCUUAUUUUCCAAAAAGUUAUUAUUGCAUCGCUUGCAAAUGGUAUUUAAAUGAAGUAACAGUGAAUUACUUCCUAAUAAAAAGUAGAAUCAACUCUG